CGUUAGCCAGGUGAACAACGUAAAGCGGCGCAAGCGAGAGAGACAGACAGCGACGAAACGAAGCAUUUAGCCGAAGCGUAAAAGCCGAAAACGUAACCUCCGUCGUGUCCCACGCAUUUUUGUUGUUUGUCUUUUUUUUCGUGUGCGAGUGCGUUCGUGUUAGUGUCUGUGUGUGUGCAGAACAGCCUCCGCAACAUGCGUCCGGCCCCCAGCCACCCCCUGUGGUGAGUUUUUCCAAGCAGCGCAGCAGCAGCAGCAGCAGGAUACUGCCGCCAAGGAAUCGAAAGCAGAGAACAGAGCAGCGCCGAAGGUUGACCGAGUUGGAAGAGAGCCCCGGCUUUCUGUUGCACCAAAAAACUAAACGAAAGAGAGACCGAAGCGUAAGUGGUGCCCCAAUAAGAGACGAGACACAAUUCGAAGAAGAGCGCGCGGGCAGCUGUUGCAUGCGGCCGCCGCUGCUGCCAGACUCAGUGACGCCUGCCGUCUGCCGAUCCGCGAGUGCCGCGUCAUAACUGUUGUUUUUUUUCUGUUUGUGUGAGUGUGUGCUGAUCCUCGCGAGUGCAAAAGGGAAACAAAACUGAACGAAGGAAGAGAGAGUGAGAGAGAGAGAUAGAGAGUGAAACGAACACGAUAUGGAGCUUUUGGUGCUCUUCCUGGCCUUGGCCCCCCUCUGCAUCUUCGGCGGGAUCGCACCCAACGAUCCGUGCUACUUCGAGGGGAAGCCCCGCAAGUGCCUUCCCAGCUUCGUGAAUGCCGCCUACGGGAAUCCCGUUCAGGCCUCCACCAUCUGCGGCGGCCAGCGGCCUGAACGCUACUGCGAACUGCAGCGCGAUGGCUCUCUGGGGGAGUGCCGGGUGUGCGAGAGACAUACUAUCGCAGGCGGCGGUGGCGCCUCCGCUCUGACGGACCUGAACAAUCCCAGCAACGUGACCUGCUGGCGUUCGGCGGGCGUGAAUGUGCCCCACGAUCCCGAUACGGCGCCCCCCGAUAAUGUGACCUUGACCCUGUCGCUGGGCAAGAAAUACGAGCUUACGUACAUCUCCCUGUCGUUCUGCCCCCGUGCGGCACGACCCGACUCCCUGGCUAUCUUCAAGAGCUCCGAUUUCGGCCAGACCUGGCAGCCCUUCCAGUUCUACAGCUCCCAGUGCCAAAAGUUCUACGGGCGACCGGAUCGGGCCAAAAUCUCGAAAUUCAACGAACAGGAGGCACGUUGCAUCAACUCGCAGCAUGACAUUGGUGGCGCUGCCCAGAGGUUCGCCUUCAAUACGCUGGAGGGCAGGCCGUCCGCCAACGAUUUGGACUCGUCGCUGGUCCUGCAGGACUGGGUGACGGCCACCGACAUUCGGGUGGUGUUCCAUCGACUCGAGUUGCCGCCGCAGCUGCUGCUGCAGAAGGAGCGCAAUGCGAAUAGCUUCAGCGACGAGAUGAGCGCCAGCCAGGAGGCCGAGCUGGAGCUGGACGAACACGAGGACGACUACGACUACAAUCUGCACGACAACGAUAGCGCCGGCUAUGACGAGGAGUACGAGGAGCCCAAGAAGCAUCUCGAGCUGGACGAUGAUCACCAUUUGGACUAUGCCGCAGACAGUGUCGGCAGCGAUGGGCCAAGCGGCAAGCGGCACUCGAAGCAGCACAAGGGCGGCAGCAGCGCCUACGAGAAGCAUUUCCAGACGAAACUUGCCACAGCUGCCGCGGCUGCAGCUGCGGCUGCCACAACCCCCAGUCCACAGGUAAAGUCUGCAGCAGCAGCAGCAGCCUCUGUUGCUGCCACAGCGCCUCAGCCGGCGGAAAUGCCACUGCCACCCAUCACACAGCACUAUGCCGUCUCGGACUUUGCCGUCGGCGGACGUUGCAAGUGCAACGGUCAUGCCUCCGAGUGUGUGGCAACCAUUGGUUCGGUCUCCCCCUCCUCGGAUACGGAUGAUGGCCAGGAUGAUGAUGCCCCAUCGGCAGGAGCAGCGGCAGGAGGCGCCCUCUCCCAUGGACACUUCGGACGCACCGGUUCCGGCAUGCAGUUGCAGGGGCAGAUGACCUCGAAAUUGACAAUGACAUGCGCCUGCAAGCACAACACCGCGGGCGAUGAGUGCGAGCGUUGCAAGCCCUUCUACUUCGAUCGCCCCUGGGGGCGUGCCACCGAUAAUGAUGCCAACGAAUGUAAAAUGUGUCAGUGCAAUGGACACGCCCGUCGCUGUCGCUUCAAUCUGGAGCUCUACAAGCUGUCCGGUCGGGUGUCCGGGGGCGUGUGCUACAACUGUCAACAUGAUACGACAGGACGUUAUUGUCACUACUGCCGCGAGGGCUACUAUCGGGAUGCCACCAAGCCGCCAAAUCAUCGCAAAGUCUGCAAACGUUGCGACUGCCAUCCGGUGGGAUCCACGGGCAAGACCUGCAAUCAUCUGAGUGGACAGUGCCCCUGCAAGGAGGGUGUCACCGGUCUCACCUGCAACCGCUGUGCACGCGGCUACCAACAGACGCGCUCCCAUGUGGCGCCCUGCAUCAAAGUGCCCACCAACGCGAACAUGAUUCAGGCCGAGAGUGCCGGCGGAGGCGGUGGCGGUGCCGGCAAUGGUGACUACAAGGAAGGCGGCGGAUCCCAGGCCGAGGAAAUGAAGAAGUAUUGCGGCAAGUGCAAGGCCAGUCCCAAGAAGCUCAAUCUGAACAAGUUUUGCAUGGAAGAUUAUGCCAUUUUGGCCAAGGUUAUUGGCCACGAUCGCGCCUCCCAGGACAUUAGCACGGAAAAGUUCUCGAUCGAACGACAGAAUGAAAUCUACAAAUACGAAAUCAACAUCCAGACGAUCUUCAAGCGGAAUCCCAUGUCGGGCACGACCAGCUCCUUGCUCGGUCGUGGCAAUAUGAUGCUGCUGGUGCCACGCAAGAGCAUCGAGUGCCAGUGUCCCAAAAUCAAGCUGAAUAAAUCAUAUCUUAUACUUGGACGCGAUUCGGAGGCGGCGCCUGGAUACCUGGCCAUCGGUCCCAGCUCAGUCGUUUUGGAGUGGAAGGACGAGUGGUCGCUGCGCAUGAAGCGCUUCCAGCGGCGGGCCCGCAAAUGCAGUUGAAUCGAACCGGAAACGGAAUAUGUCAGAGCGGAUUUCAAUUUCAUACACUUGGCUAGGUAUCGGUUUUUGUAUAAAUUGUACAGUUUACUCAAGUUUUUGACCUUCUUCGGCAUCAUGCUAUAAAUUAAUAAUCAAAACUCAAACUUAAACUCAAAACUGCCCCCUUAAAAAAUACACACACACACAGAGAAAGAGAGAGAGAGAAAUCCUAAACACUAGACACGCCUAAAACAUCCUCAAUAGAAUCGUUGGAGAUACCCAAUGAUUAAUAAUCUUUCUUUCUGGGGGCAUUUCUCUAGUCUAUAAAAUGAUUUUACAAACAGAAAAAAAUACAUACUCCCUUUUAAUACAACAAAAUACCAAAAUGCUAAUUACAGUUACGUGACAUCGGAGCUGGUGGAGCGGAGAGGGGUGGGGUGGAGUGGCAUAGUGGAAUGCAGGCCAUAAAAAACAGUUAUAAAUUGAGAAAAAAGUAAAAAACAAAGACAAAAACAAGUGCGAAAAACGCUGAACGUCGCGUGUCGCGAGGCCGCCACCCGACCAGACAUACAAACAAACGGACAUCGGACAUUCAAUGGACAAUUGAGGGGGACAGGACUGUGGGGAGAGGGGGGAUAGACAAACAGGCCACAGUUAACACAUAUAGUAGUAAGUGCAGCCAUAAACCAACAACAUGAGCCUUGACCAGAGGGGUGCCAGAUGGCGGCAGGCUUUCACAAGCGCACACGGACACGCACACAUCACACAGAGUUUAUUAGGGGCACCCGACCGAGUGGUGCAAAAGUUGGUCAAGGAAAAUGUAGGGCAUUUAUGCGAAUUUACUACUGGGGGAAAAGUUUCCAGCGUGGAAUAAGAGCUAUGAUAGUGGAAUGGAACACUUAACACAGCGAGAUCUUAAUCUGUGACUAAUGAUGCAACACUUAAAGAUGAUCUCAAGCUCAUUUUUGGAUCUGUUUAGUCCCAAAAUUGAAUUCAAAGAAGAAUUGGUGUAAAAGAUUGCGUCAACAACAUCUCCGAACAUCAAAACCAAAGCAAAAGGGAAAUCAAAGCAAUCAAUUUCCAUGUUAAUUAUUUUGAACUUCAAUCGACAACAUUUUCCACAUAAAUUUGAAUACCUCAUCGUAAGCUCUGAUCCAUUAAGAUUAUCCAAAUAUGUGUUUCAAUGUCAUGACGCGGAACACCCCUAACGUUUCACAGGCCUUUCAAACACUUUUUGCCUAUGCCAUACAUUCUCUUAACCAAACAUUGAUUCCAUUUUUCGAUAUUUGCCAAAUUGCUUAUUUAAUAUUUAACAUUUUUUGAUUUUGCUUUUUUUUGAUCGCUUCAACGCUCUCGAUUCCGGUUUAGCAUUUUUUUUGUUUGGUGGCUGAUUGAAAAACUCCUCUCAAGAAUUUUUUGUUAAUUAUGCACAUGUUUAUUGACAAUAUACUAGUUGAUUUUUCACGCGCCUUUGCAUAACAAUUUGUUUGAUGAAUGCAUCAAUAAAAAGUCAAUUCGAGCCCCGCGCCGUUUCGCCAUCAAACAGAAAAAAUACUCAUUUAAAAUGCAUUUAUUUGAAUUUAAUAUUCAAUUUGAAUUAUGCAUGCAAAUUGCCCCGUUCUACUCCCCUCUCUGUCUCUCUCUCUCGUUCGAUCUGAAUUUGUCUUUUUCUAAAAUUAAAGACUGAGAGAGGGAAAGAUUGAUCGGUGUAAUGGGCUUUGUCGGGGAGGGGGGCAGAGGGAAGAGUUUUUGUAACUCGUUUUCCAGCAUGUGUGUAGGCCAUGGAGCACUUGAAGCGUCCGAAAACUCAUUUGUGGGGGAACCUCUUCAUACAGUGAUACCUCAAUCGCCAAUGGUUCCCAAGGAAGGAACAGUUUUCCUAGGAUUUUCUGUUUUUUAGCGUAUCGAAGUAUCGUAGAUCAACUACUCAAAGAAUACCUUUGCCCAUCCCGCGCCUAUUCGCCAGGUGAUGGUUGCAUUCCCCCUUAGCCGGUUUCCACUGUGGCAGCGCGAUAUGCAUCAACGAAACAACAACAGACAACAUGGUUCCACACGUUACACAAAUUAAAAACAAAAAAAGCAAAAACCAAAAGCAAAAGCAAACAGAGACCGAAGCGUGAUAUGGGGAAUGAACUUCGUGGGCUGAUGGCCCCCCCUCCCCCUGCUACCCUCGAACGAUUGCAGUUACAUUUUUUUACCCCGGCUGGCACGCGGAUUAAACAUGUUUCGAGCUCAAAAUGUAACAUGAUAUAUGACAGCCAAGUGUCGAACUUGAUAAAUGUUUUAAUGAAUUUAUUUUCAUGUUUAUGUUCGGCCUGCCUGUCCAAUGUCCGAUGUCUGCUGUCCGCCAUCCCCUGUGUGUCCGCCAAGAGAGUGACUGAAUCGAGAUCUUUGGGACACAUCGUCAGAGGUACGAGACACCUACUCUGGGGCAGCCGAUAGCUGGGACUGGGACUGGAACUGGUGCUGAGGCCUUUUGUUGCCAUUGCCGUAUGAUGUGUCGGAUGGCUGUCGCCUCAUUCCCAUUCCCAUUCUCAUUCCCAUAUGCUCCCCUCUAGAGCCAUUUACCAUUCACAAGUUAUUCAGGUCCGACCAUGACCAUGAUGUAUGAUAAAUCAAAAUGGGGGCAACAUAUGCAGGGACUGUCGGACAGUGGGACAGUCAGCAGCAGUGCUGCGGCAUUUAAGCCGAGAUUUGUGUUUGCAUUCACUCUCCGCCCAGGGACGCAUAAUUAGCCCUGGCUCUGGUUCUGGUCCGGACUCUGGUGAUGGUUCUGCAUCUGCAUCUGGAUCUGGCUGUACGCUGACCAACAUGGCGUAUGAGUCAUAAACACACGUGUGUCCCCCACAGACACGGACGUGGACACCGAUGGGGACAUGGACAUGGACAUGGACACGGACCCUGACAUGGGCACUCUUUUGGGGUGGGGUAACGCGGAGAGGGAGUGUGUCCUCGAGCAAGAUAAAUGCAAAAUUGUCAACUGUAAACUGUAUAAAUUUAAACAACAUUUUAAUGUGCGUCAGCGUUACCCAACGGUGUGCAAAGCGGAAGGAUAAAGGGGAAAAACUAGGAAUGGGGAGAGUAGGAGAUCUAUCUUCUAGCCUUUUUCCUCUUUUCUGUAAUGAUCCUUCAAAGGAAAGUGGCGUUUCUGAGUCUUUCUUAUUUGUCUCUGGGCCAGUUCUAUCGAAAUAUAUUAUUGUGCAAUCGAUCCAUUUUAAAGUCCUUUUCCCAGUGGCUAUCCAUUCUACAACUUUCUCCCAUCGGUUCCCUGUAGAUCUUAUAGCAUUCUGACAUUUUCGCGAAACCAUAAUGGUACCAAACGUCCAUUGUUUCCCUUCAUUAAUAGAUCUUGUCACGUCUGGCCGGGAAAUACUCGUAAACACUCUUUACCUGGACAGAAAAAAGGCAUUAAAUAAAUGUUGGAAAAAGUGCGAUUCAGCGGGGGGAAAAAAAACAACAAAAAGUACAGCAGUGAAAUGGGGUAAUGGGAAAAUGGUGGAAAUUCAAUUGCGGGUUCCAUCGCCGACCAUGGCCGGCUGUGGCUGCCUGCCUCCUGCCUCCUUCCGCCUGCCUUCAUGCAUAUUUAAAUGAGAUUUUGCGUUAACUGAAUUUUGUCAACGUGCUGAAGGGUGGAAGGGGGGCGUGGCCAGUCGGAUAUAGUACGAGUGCGUGUGUGGGUGUAUGGCCAUGAAAAAGCAUAUUAAUUUAUAUACGGAUACAUAUGAGAAUGAACGCGUAUAAAGCAUUUAUAUAUAUUUAAAUAAAUUGGGUUUCUUUCUUUACAUUUUUUUUUGUAUUAUUUUAUUUCGCUGUUCAUUAAACGAGUGAUGGGAGUGGGGGGAGUGGGGAAGUUGGGGCAGCGGUAGGCGUGGCAUGGAAAUAGGCGUGUUGUCGCAUAUGUAUUUUAAAUAGGGUUGCCAGAGCUCCAUUAGCAUAUAAAUUGAUGCGACGAUGAUGGCAGUGGAAUGAGCCACUGUUCUCUUCUUUUAACCACAUUGCAUUACGGGAGGUUGAGGUAUCAUAGGGGUGGGGAGGGAGGGGUUACGUAACUGUAUCACUAGCAUUCUGGUAAGAAAAGAUUUUCAAUAUGCCCACCAAAAGAACCUAAAAACAAAAACUUAAAAAUAUGUAACAGUAUAUAGCACCCACAAAAAUCGACUGCAAGAACAACAAAAGCAACAACAAAAACAACAACAACAGCCCCAAGCUGACAAAUUGACUUCCGUUUCCGCAAAAAAAAAAAAGAAGAAAAAAAUGAUAAAAAAUGAAAAAAAAAUAUACUCUUUGAGAGAAAAGAGAGCGAAUGAUGGAGAGAAAGUACUUAAAAAAUACUAAAAAAAACAGGAGAGCACGUGAGAGCGUGGGAGGAGUGGGAUGAGUGGGAGGAGAUGCAAAAACAUAACCAAAUUAGUCAUUAGUCGAUAUGUCAAGCAGUUUAUUUAUUUAAACCACAUUUUUUUUUCCUAAUCUUAACGAUAAAUGAAUAUAUAAAACAUAAACGUAAACGUAAACGCAUAAAGGAUAAAGGAUAUAUGCAAAAAGGAUAUACACUGUAUUUAUAUAUAUAUAUAUGUUACGGAAAGAUCGGAGAUCGGAGAUCGAAGUUUCGGUAGUGCAUUCUUAGAGAACAUUUCCCCCUAUCGUUUCCCAUAUUUGCAUAUGCCUUAAGCAUAUCCUUCACUAAUCACACAUAUCCUCUAGCACACACGAUUAAUUCGAAUAGAAUGUGUUGUUUUUUUUGCUGUUUUUCGUCUAACUAAUGCGAAUAGCCAGUGUGUGUGUUUGUCCAGCAGAAAGAAUUAUUCAUAUGAUAAGCUACGUAUAUACAAAACAUAUAUCUAUAGAGUGCAUACAUACAUACGCAGAUACAUACAUAUAAUCAAAAUCAAAAAAAAGGAAAAGGAAAAGAGAAAGUCUUUUUUUUCUUAGAUUUUUUGUAAAUACUCAAAAACAGAAGAAGCAGGAUGAGGGAGAGGACGGUAAUACAGAAAUGAUAUCAAUUUUCAUUAUUGCUAAAUAUUUUGUUGAGCCACGAAACAAAAAGAAACAAAAAA